AUGGUGCUGAAUGGCGACACGAGCGUUUCCAAAUCGCCUUAUGACGCUGUCUUCUAUUCCGAUAACAAUCGCCACUCGUCCGCAAUCCCUCAAGGCAAACCACGAAAAGCAGCGGCCGUAGAUAAUCUCGAAGAUGAUGAUCCGUUUGGUUUGGAUCUCAAUUCUCUGCUUUCGUCCUUGCGCUCUGAUCUUGAUCUAAAACGUCGCGAGGAAGUCCGUUUGCACAAGGAAGUGGCAGCUAAAAUGGAACAGUCUAAUUCAAGUGGACUGGAUUCGUCCCGUUCCUUCGGGCUUGCGGUGUCGCGGCUCAACAAUUCCUUGCUAUUGGUCGAAAGGGAUGGCAAGCAGCUGGCGAAUAACUUGAAAGUCAUCUCGAAAUUGGCGGAUAAUAUAAGCUCUAGGGUUUCAACGCUCGACAUGGCUAAGACGCGCGUUGUUGAAUGUUUGCAGCUGGCUGCUGACAUGCGCGAUCUGGGAGUGUCUAGCGAAGGAGUUGAUGCGGCAAUCAAUGGGGAAGAUUUCGAGCAGGCCGCACAACAUAUCCACAGGUUCUUGACGCUCGACAAGGCGGUCUUUCAGUUACGCGAAGCUUCUGACAAAGAUGCUGGCCAAUCACUGAAGACCAGUUACGAUGUGCUUACGGCGGCAACUGGGCGUCUCCGGGAUAUUCUACAACGACGCUUGAGCGACGCAGUGGCUAAUAAUGACGAGGCUGGCAUUAAGCGGUUUAUCCGUCUGCUUCCGUUGAUUAAUGAGCAUAAAAUUGGUUUGGAAAUCUAUGCGGCGUAUAUUUCUAAGAAGAUCGAAAAGAUUGGCAAUGAUUGUCUGGCGGUCAUGCGUGCUGGAGGAACGGAUGAUUCUAGGCGGAAUGUACUCUAUGCCGACUCAUUGUUCCUUCUUUUUGAAGCCGUUGCUGGAAUAAUCGAGAGUUGCCAAAACUUGUUGGAAAAUAGCUUCGGUUCAGACCAUUAUCUGGAUUUUAUUCAGCUCCUACAGAAUGAAAUUGACAAGUUCGUCGACGAAAUCCUGAAGGAGUUUGGAAAGAGUCGCCACGUGGACCGACUGGCUCGAGCCGUCGAAAGAUAUUUGAGAGACCCUGAUUCUGCGACAGAGAAACCUGACGCGUUGGGUUUGGACGGCAUCAUCUUUGAGAUGGCGCAAAUGCAAUCACAUGCUGAAAUGUAUUCACGUUUCCUAAAGCGCCGAGUAGGCGAUGAAAAGCGGAUGGCGGGUGGAGAUGACGACGACCUUGAUGAGGAGGCAAAGGUGAAACGCGAAAAGGAGAUGAAGCAAAGAAAAGAGCAACGGGAACAGAAAAUUGACGCUUUGUUGAAUCGCAGUCUGCUUGGCACAAAAAUGCAGGAACUGCUGGGAUGCUACAUCCAAUUGGAAAACUUCUACGUGCUGGAAAGUAUCGAAAAAGCUAUCGCGAUGGAUCAAAAAGAGGCUGAUCAGCUGUACAGUUCCGUCGUCGAUGACGUGCUUUUUAUUUGCCGGAAGUCGAUCAAACGUUCUUUCUCGACCACCUGCAUCGAUGGCGUCUGUGCGACAUUGAAUAAUGUUUGUACGCUACUUGAUUCGUGCUUUCACGACUAUCUUCACGGAGUGAUCAAGGCUGGUUACCCCUCUACUGGAUACGUUGCUGAAGCGUUCCAAACGGCGCAAACCGCCUAUAAUGUCCUCCAACAUGGAAAGACGGCUGCUGACGCUGGCCCUGAUGCUCAACGAGAACAGUUUAUUACCGCUGCAAAUAAUGCCCGACACGCCACGGAACUCAUCUGGGAGCUGGAGAAGGGUCUUAAUGCGGAAUCGACAAAGUUUCAGCGUCUUGCGGCCGCCGCGGUAAAGGUGGAACAUUCGUUGGCUCAGUUCGAGGAAGUGGGCAGCAAAAUGAAAAAUCUUGCUGAGCGGGCGGUUCUGCAACUUUCUCAAUCGGCCUUCCGCCCCCGGAUCCGCGCCUGUUGUGAUGCCUACAUUGACAUCAGCCAUGUGUUGAACGAAGAACAACUGAACACCUAUGAUGCCACAGACCCUUGGGUUGAUACCUUGGUGUCGGUCGUCGACAAAACCGCGGCCGGCUUCCAAGCAGCGCUGCAUGUGGAAAACUACAACGCGCUCCUCCUCGCCGUAUCGAGUGAGACCUGUAAGCAGUUUGAACGUGCUGUCCUAAAAUGCCCAUUCAAUCGCCUGGGCGGCUUGCAAAUCGACAAGGAGUUCCGGAAAAUUACAUCGUAUGCUUUGUUGUCGCGCAUAAUAUUUUCU